GAACAAUUAUUAAAACCCCAAGACACACUGAAGAUCACAGUGUGAGAAAAAUGAAAUUGUGUUUACUUGUGGCGGUGCUGCUGGUCACAGUGACACUGGUUUCAUGUGGCAAUGUCAGCUACGAUGGUCGCUCCCUCAUCAUCGAUGGCCAACGCAAGCUUCUUAUCUCUGCUUCCAUUCAUUACCCUCGAAGCGUUCCUGCGAUGUGGCCUGGUCUUGUUCAAACAGCGAAGGAAGGAGGGGUAGAUGUGAUUGAAACCUAUGUUUUCUGGAACGGCCAUGAGCUUUCUCCUGGCAAUUAUUACUUUGGAGGAAGGUUUGAUCUGGUCAAGUUUGCGAAGACUGUUCAGCAGGCUGGGAUGUUCUUGAUUCUUCGAAUAGGCCCAUUUGUUGCUGCAGAAUGGAAUUUUGGUGGUGUGCCGGUGUGGCUACAUUAUGUUCCAGGCACGGUAUUCCGGACUUAUAAUCAGCCUUUCAUGUAUCAUAUGCAGAAGUUUACAACAUACAUAGUAAACCUUAUGAAGCAAGAGAAGCUUUUUGCUUCACAAGGGGGUCCCAUAAUCUUAGCUCAGAUAGAAAAUGAAUAUGGAUACUAUGAAAAUUUUUAUAAAGAGGAUGGUAAGAAAUAUGCCUUGUGGGCUGCAAAGAUGGCUGUGUCUCAAAAUACAGGUGUUCCUUGGAUAAUGUGCCAACAAUGGGAUGCUCCAGAUCCUGUGAUUGAUACAUGCAAUUCAUUCUACUGUGACCAAUUUAAACCCACUUCUCCAAAUAGGCCCAAAAUUUGGACUGAGAACUGGCCUGGAUGGUUUAAGACUUUUGGGGGAAGAGAUCCUCACAGGCCAGCAGAAGAUGUUGCAUUUUCUGUUGCUCGUUUCUUCCAAAAAGGUGGAAGUGUACACAAUUACUACAUGUAUCAUGGAGGAACAAAUUUUGGGCGAACAGCUGGUGGUCCAUUCAUUACUACAAGUUAUGACUAUGAUGCCCCGAUAGAUGAGUAUGGGCUACCAAGAUUUCCAAAAUGGGGACAUCUUAAGGAACUUCAUAGAGCUAUCAAGUUAUGCGAGCAUGUACUGCUUAAUGGGAAACCGGUUAAUGUCUCCCUUGGUCCUUUUGUGGAGGCUGAUGUCUAUACUGACUCAUCCGGAGCAUGUGCUGCCUUUAUUUCUAAUUCUGAUGACAAAAAUGAUAGAACAGUGGAAUUUCGGAAUACAUCAUAUAGCUUGCCAGCUUGGUCAGUUAGCAUUCUUCCUGAUUGCAAGAAUGUAGUGUUCAACACAGCACAGGUUAAUUCCCAGACAAAUGUAGUUGCAAUGAUUCCCGGAAGUUUGCAGCAAUCAAAUAAAGGUGUAAAUUCUUUGAUAUGGGACAUUGUGAAGGAGAAACCAGGAAUCUGGGGGACAGCAGACUUUGUCAAAAAUGGUUUUGUUGAUCUCAUCAAUACUACCAAAGAUACCACUGACUACCUAUGGCAUACCACAAGUAUAUUUGUUGGUGAAAAUGAAGAGUUCUUGAAAAAGGGAAGCAAACCAGUUCUUCUUAUUGAGUCUACAGGUCAUGCUCUCCAUGCUUUUGUGAAUCAGGAAUAUCAAGGUACUGGUACUGGAAAUGGUACACAUUCGCCAUUCACUUUUAAGAAUCCCAUCUCCCUCCGAGCAGGGAAAAAUGAAAUUGCUUUGUUGUGCUUGACAGUUGGCUUACAGACAGCUGGACCCUUUUAUGACUUUGUGGGGGCAGGACUCACAAGUGUAAAGAUUAAGGGACUGAACAAUGGGACAAUAGACUUGUCUUCAUAUGCUUGGACUUACAAGAUUGGAGUGCAAGGAGAACACCUAAAGCUAUACCAGGGAGAUGGGUUGAGUAAUGUGAACUGGACAUCUACUUCAGAACCACCAAAAAUGCAGCCAUUGACAUGGUACAAGACUAUUGUGGAUGCUCCACCUGGAGAUGAACCAAUUGGAUUGGAUAUGUUACACAUGGGGAAAGGUCUAGCCUGGUUAAAUGGAGAGGAAAUAGGAAGAUAUUGGCCUAGAAAAAGUGAAUUCAAGAGUGAAGACUGUGUGAAGGAAUGUGAUUACAGAGGCAAAUUUAAUCCCGACAAAUGUGACACUGGUUGUGGAGAACCAACACAGAGAUGGUAUCAUGUUCCACGAUCCUGGUUCAAGCCAUCAGGAAACGUCCUUGUUCUUUUUGAGGAGAAAGGUGGAGAACCAGAUAAGAUUAGGUUUGUGAGACGCAAAAUAUCUGGUGCGUGUGCCCUUGUUUCUGAGGAUUACCCCUCCGUUGGACUCCUUUCUCAGGGUGAAGAUAAAGUACAGAAUAUCAAAAACAUUCCUUUUGCCCGUUUGACCUGCCCCAGUAACACUCAUAUAUCAGCUGUGAAGUUUGCUAGUUUUGGAACUCCCUCUGGAGCAUGUGGAUCUUUCCUCAAGGGAGAUUGCCAUGAUCCCAUUUCUAGCACAGUUGUUGAGAAGGCCUGCCUAAACAAAAACGACUGUGUCAUAACAUUAUCUGAAGAGAAUUUCAAAACCAAUUUGUGUCCUGGUUUACCAAGGAAACUUGCAGUGGAAGCGGUUUGCAGUUGAUUACCAAUUCCGGAUGAGCAUUGCAUUACACCAUUUAUUUUACCAACUUGGCUGCAUCAAAAAGAAGAUGAAAAUUUUGCUUGUAUUAAUAUUAAUAUUAAUAUUAUCGACAUGGUCACAUGUAAAAUUUAUGGCAGGGAAAUUUGCUGUAAAGGCAUGUAUCUUUUAAUGAAUUUGGAUUUCACAUGCAUUGAGAAUCAAUGCAUUAUGGGAGAGCAUAAUCUCCGGUGAAAAAAACAACUGCACUACUACGA